AUGUUCUGCAGCGGUGUGGGCUCUGGCCUUGAAGGGAGAUCUCAGCUUACCCCUCCAGGUGGCGGCACCAACCACCAGAGGAAAGAUUCGUACCCACUGGCCACCUCACCAUCAAGGGAGGUGAAGUGUUUUGUCAUUGUAAGUUCACUGAUAGUCGUCAUCAUGACCAUUAUCAUCAUUUCUCUGCUCCUGCUGGUUUCUCUGGUGCCACACCUGACCUUCACUGCUCAUGUGAGUAUAGUAGAUGGCCAGGAGGCAAAACCUCACUCCAGACCUUACAUGGUUUCUGUUCAACUGUUCGGUCAAAAUAUCUGUGCCGGAUUCCUCAUUUCGGACCGGUUUGUCUUGACGGCUGCACAGUGCUGGCACCACAAUCGAAAGGCUUUGACGGUUGUGGUCGGUGCCCAUGAUUUGAGAAAAUGUCAACAUUCCAAGCACUUUAAAGUGAUGUGCCACAUUACGCAUCCAGAGUUUAAUUCUAAAACUUUUGAGAAUGACAUCAUGCUUUUAAAGCUAAAGAGAAAAGUCCCACUGAACAACAAGAUAAGACCAAUAUCAUUACCAAAGAAUGGAGAACGUUUUAAAGCAGAUACUCUCUGUAGUGUUGCUGGUUGGGGAAGACUGUGGACUGAUGGCCCAGUGAGUGACCUUCUAUUGGAGGCAAAGACAGCUAUAGUGAAUGAUGCAGAGUGUAAACUCAGAUGGGGAUAUCAUUAUGUGCCCUCGAUGAUGAUCUGUGCUUUUGGUCAUGGUGGAUCCUGCAAUGGUGACGGAGGAGGUCCUUUGGUUUGUGGAAACACUGCUGUUGGAAUCACAAUUUUUAGAGACCGUUAUCUCUGUAAUUCACGUUUGCUUCCUAAUGUGUAUACCAAGAUUUCUGCAUAUGUUCCAUGGAUCCGCAGCAUAAUUGGAAAUGUCUAGCGAAAAUAAAAACAAAUGAAAUGUUUUUCUUGAAUUCUUCUAUGAAUUCUUCAAUAAAAGUAUCAUAUGGCAAGCAUCAAUCAGUUGAACUGUCCUCUUUGUCACAACCAUUUAUGAUAACAAUUUA